CUCACACACUCACUCACUGACACACUGACACACUCACACCUCCCCCAGCUCACCUCCUCCCCACUCCAGCAUGGCCGCGUCCACCAUGUCCGUCUGCUCCAGCGCUUACUCCGACUCCUGGCAGGUGGACGACUGCCCAGAGAGCUGCUGUGAGCCCCCCUGCUGCACCCCCAGCUGCUGCGCCCCAGCCCCCUGCGUGACCCUGGUCUGCACCCCAGUGAGCUGUGUGUCCAGCCCCUGCUGCCAGGUGGCCUGUGAGCCCAGCCCCUGCCAGUCAGGCUGCACCAGCUCCUGCACGCCCUCGUGCUGCCAGCAGUCUAGCUGCCAGCCGGCUUGCUGCACCUCCUCCCCCUGCCAGCAGGCCUGCUGCGUGCCCGUCUGCUGCAAGCCUGUGUGCUGUGUGCCCGUCUGCUGUGGGGCUUCUUCAUGCUGCCAACAGUCUAGCUGCCAGCCAGCUUGCUGUGCCUCUUCCUCCAGCCAGCAGGCCUGCUGUGUGCCUGUCUGCUGCAAACCUGUGUGCUGUGCGCCCACCUGCUCUGAGGAUUCCUCUUCAUGCUGCCAACAGUCUAGCUGCCAGCCAGCUUGCUGCACUUCCUCCCCCUGCCAGCAGGCCUGCCGUGUGCCCGUCUGCUGUAAGCCUGUCUGCUGCAAACCCGUCUGCUGUGUGCCUGUCUGCUCUGGGGCUUCCUCUCUGUGCUGCCAGCAGUCUAGCUGCCAGCCGGCUUGCUGCACCACCUCCUGCUGCAGACCCUCCUCCUCCGUGUCCCUCUUCUGCCGCCCCGUGUGCAGGCCCGCCUGCUGUGUGCCCAUCCCCUCCUGCUGUGCCCCCACCUCCUCCUGCCAGCCCAGCUAUUGCCGCCAGGCCUCCUGUGUGUCCCUCCUCUGCCGCCCCGUGUGCUCCCACCCGGCCUGCUACAGCUUCUCCUCAGGCCAGAAGUCCAGCUGCUGACGGCCAUGUCCCCCAGGGCCAGCCGGGCUCAGGCCCCACCUCUCUUCCAGUCCUUGGAAGCCCCUGACCUCCCAGCCCACCCAGCCUCAGCACAGCUCAACACAGAAGGAGCAGCCCCACCCACAGCCGCCCAGCCCCGGGGUGGGGUCUCAGAUGCACACUGGCUCCUCCCUGACCUCCCCCCCGGGCGGGCGAGCCCUGGCUGCUCCUCACGGUGCUUCCUGGCUGCAGACCACAACCCUCCACUGGUCGGGAAUGGGCCCCCCGACACAGGUCUCGCCCCCAGGAGCGUCACCCUCUGCCUCUGAGCACCAAUAAAGUGUCUGCGGCCCCA